AUGCAGAUGCACUUUGUAUGGACAUACAGAUUCUGUGAACAGCAUUGAGUUUUUUCCUUGCUCCAACACUCUUCUCACAGGUUCUGCAGAUAAAUCCCUGUCUUUAUGGGAUGCAAGAACAGGUAACUGUGAGCAGUCACUUUAUGGUCACAUGCAUUCUAUCAAUGAUGCCACCUUCACUCCUAGGGUCUCACUGAACUCUUCCAUUCUUUCCUCCAGCCCAGGUCACAUGAUAGCAUCCUGUGAUGCUUGUGGAGUAACAAAACUAUGGGACUUUCGGAAGCUCUCACCAAUUGUGUCCAUUGAUAUAGGUCCAAGUCCUGGCAAUGAGGUGAACUUUGAUUCAUCAGGUCGAGUUUUAGCUCAGGCGAGUGGCAGUGGGGUUAUCCAUUUGCUAGAUCUUAAAUCAGGGCAGAUUCACAAACUGAUGGGCCACGAGAGUGAGGCUCACACAGUCGUGUUUUCUCAUGACGGAGAGUAUUUGUUUUCCGGAGGCUCUGACGGCACUGUUCGAACGUGGUCUUGAUGGUCAGCAUAUCUCACUGCCGACGGCAUUCCCUUUAAGGCUUGAAAAUACCUUAUGUAGUCAGUCCCAAACCAGGAAAUAUCUGGUUAAAUAUGCCAGCAGGUAACAUUUACAGUUUGCUUUAAAACAUGCUGUGGACAUGUAUUUUAGUGCUCGUACUGUUACCAAUAAAAAAAUAACUUUUUGC